GUGAAGAUUAACCUGAGCCUGGUGCCGCCUCUCCUCCUGCUGCCCGUCUUCCUCCACGUUGCCGCUCUGCACUUCCUGCUGGGGCUCGUCAUCCUGACCUCUCUGCCCGUGGUGCUGCUCUGGUACUACUACCUCACCCACCGGAGGAAGGAACGGACUCUCUUCUUCCUGAGCCUGGGGCUCUUCUCCUUGGGCUACAUGUACUAUGUGUUUCUUCAGGAGGUGGUUCCACGAGGCCACGUCGGGUAUUCCCAAGUGGUGGCUCUCACUUGCGGGUUAAUUCUUAUGCUUGCAGCCCUGUCUCGAGCCAAGAAAGACCCUGGCUACCUUCCCAUCCCGGCAAGCAGUGAGAAGUCAUCACACCAGGGUUUGCCCAACAAGAGUAGCGUCAGAGGGAACUCCAACGGGUUCCAUGGCGUCACCGCCUCGGGCACUGCCAGCGGCCGUGCUGUGAACGGGGAGGCCAAAGGCUAUUCCAGGAUGUCGUCUGAGGAGCCCGAAGGUGUGAAGAGGGACUGGUGCUCUAAAUGCCAGCUGGUCAGACCAGCCCGAGCAGGCCACUGCCGGCUUUGUGGCAGGUGUGUGAGGAGACUGGACCAUCACUGUGUCUGGAUUAACAGCUGUGUAGGGGAGCAGAACCACCAAGCGUUCAUCCUUGCACUCUCCUUCUUCAUGCUCACCUCUGUGUACGGGAUUACGUUGACCCUGCACACCGUCUGUAGGGGCCGAACUCCGUUUGUGGCGUUGUUCUACUGCCCUGGGGCCUAUUCUGACUACAGCUCCGCUCUGUCGUUCACCUGUGUGUGGUACUGUGCCAUUGUAACAGCUGGCAUGGGAUACAUCCUCCUUAUCCAGCUGUUGAACAUCAGCUACAACGUGACCGAGAGGGAAGCUCGGCUGGCUCUGCGGGACAACACUGGGCGCAGGCUCCUGGGUGGGUUAGUGAUAGACACUGGCCAGUAUAACAGGGGUUUCCUAUGCAACUGGGGACAUUUCUUGAGCCUGGGGUCUUCUCCUCCACAGCGCUCUGCUGAAGACAUCGUGUGACACGCUUCUUUCUGCAAAUGACUGACUUUCUUUAGCAGGGGAACCACCCCUUCCACUAGGACUCCCUCCUCCCACACCCUUCCUUUGCAUCAGUGUAUGGGCUGCCUAUCCCAUCACUGACAACGUCGGAGGCUUUCCCAGGCAGGAUGGUUCUUCACGUGCUGUCAGCCAGCAAUAGGAUGCAGGAAAGCAGCAAGAAACAAACCUGGAGAGAAGGAGCCUGCUGCUUUCCACUGUGGGAAGCUUUAUGCAGCUCAGCUCGGCAGAAAGAAGAGCACAAGGUUUUGAG